UUUUGUGCAUUUGGCGAAUUUGGCGUCUGGCGUCAUUUCGCACAAUUUCGCAAUGUUUUCGCAUUUGACAUUACUCCAGAAAGUCGAAUAGUUUUGCAGUUUUGUAAACAGAUCCAAAAAAUCUUUAUUUUUAGUUGUUUAAAUUUGGAAAUAACUAAAAGUUUCGAAAUAGUUUUGAAGUAUCAGACACUAUGGGUAGAAGGAAAUCAAAAAGGAAGCCUCCACCGAAAAGGAAAGCGAUCGAACCCUUGGAUACUCAAUUUAAUUGCCCUUUUUGCAAUCACGAGAAAAGCUGUGAUGUUAAGAUGGAUAAGGGCCGAAGUACAGCCCGAAUAACAUGCAGAAUAUGUUUGGAAGAUUUCCAAACUACAAUAAAUUUCCUGUCCGAACCUGUAGAUGUAUAUAACGAUUGGAUAGAUGCUUGUGAACAAGCAAAUUAAGUGUUUUUUUAGAUCAUUUUAUAAGUGUAGCGAUAAUUUAUUAUAGGAAAUAAUUUUUUUAUUGACAAAAAAUUUCAUAUAAUACAAAUACUUUAUUGCUGACAAAAUGAUCUUCCCGAUCACAAAGCAACGUCACAGAACAGAGU